UGGAGCCCCGCCCCUUGGUAACGGACGCUCUGCCCUGGGCAACCAGCACGGCUCCCACCAUGGCUGAGGAGGAGGAAGCCACUGCACCUACAGAGAAAAUCACUCGGAUCCAGAGGGUGUUUAUAAACCUGCUGGACACCUACAGCAGCAGAAAUAUAGGGAAGUUUCUCUCUAACUGCGUAGUGGGGGCCUCGCUGGAGGAAAUCACAGAGGAAGAGGAAGAGGAGGAGGAGAGCAAGUCGACUGUCCUGGAGACCUCGCUGGCCAAGCUGAAGGAGGGCACCUUCCAAAUCGUGGGCACACUAUCCUCGCCCGAGAGCCCUCGGCCCCACUUCGCUGUGGAGACCUACUCUAUCAUCUCUCGUGAAGAUCUCCUCCUACGCUUGCUGGAAUGUGACAUUAUUAUUUACAACAUCACCGAGAGCACCCAGCAAGUGGAGGAAGCCGUGUGGGCCGUCUCAGCACUGAACGAAGAGAUCAUCCAUUUUGAAAAGCGAAAGGUGUUUAUUCUGGUCUCCACAGUGAUGACGUGGGCACGAUCCAAGCCCUUGGACCCUGAUGAUUCAGAGGUGCCGUUUACUGAAGAGGAUUAUCGAAGACGGAAGCAUCAUCCUAAUUUCCUGGACCACAUCAAUGCUGAGAAAAUGGUUCUCAAAUUUGGGAAAAAUGUCAAAAAAUUUGCAACUUACGUGGUUGCUGCGGGACUUCAGUAUGGAGCGGAAGGAGGCAUCUUACACACUUUUUUUAAGCUUGCUUGGUUGGGUGACUUUCCGGCAAUACCUGUUUUUGGAGAUGGAGCAAAUGUGGUUCCAAUGAUUCACGUGCUUGAUCUAGCAGGAGUGAUACAGAACGUGAUAGACCACGUGCCCAAGACUCACUACCUGGUCGCUGUGGACGAGUCUGUGCACACCCUGGAGGACAUAGUCAAGUGCAUCAGUAGAAGUACUGGCCCUGGGAAAAUCCAGAAAUUACCCAAAGAAAAUGCUUUUCUAACCAAAGAGUUAACACAAGAGUGUCUGGAUCACUUACUGGUCCACCUGAGGAUGGAAGCGUUGUUUGUGAAGGAGAAUUUUAACAUCCGGUGGGUGGCCCAGACAGGCUUUGUGGACAACAUCAACGUCAUCCUGAGGGAGUACAAGCAAAGCAGAGGCUUACUGCCAAUCAAGAUCUGCAUUCUUGGUCCUCCUGCUGUGGGAAAAUCCAGUAUUGCUGAGGGGUUGUCCAAGUACUACAAACUGCAUCACAUUAAGAUAAAGGACGUUAUUUCUGAAGCCAUAGCAAGACUGGAGGCGAUCGUUGCACCGAAGGAAGGAGGAGAAGAAGAAGGGGAGGAGGAGGAGGAGAACGUGGAAGAUGCUCAGGAUCUCUUGGACGGCGUCAAGGAGAGCAUGGAGCAAAACGCAGGUCGCCUAGAAGAUCAAUAUGUAAUCAGAUUUAUGAAAGAAAAGCUAAAGUCUAUGCCUUGCAGAAACCAAGGUUACAUUUUGGACGGAUUCCCAAAGACAUACGAUCAAGCCAAAGAUCUGUUCAGUCAGGAAGAUGAAGAAGAAGAAGAAGAAAUUAGAGGCAAAAUAUUUCCCUUUGAUAAAUUAAUUAUACCUGAGUUUGUGUGUGCGCUGGACGCCUCGGAUGACUUCCUGAAGGAACGGGUGAUGAACCUGCCGGAGAGCAUCGUGGCAGGGACCCACUACAGCCAGGACCGCUUCCUCCGAGCACUGAGCAACUACCGGGACAUAAACACGGAAGAUGAGACGGUUUUCAACUAUUUCGACGAAAUUGAGAUCCACCCAAUUCAUAUUGAUGUAGGAAAAUUUGAAGAUGCUCAGAACAGACUUGCUAUCAAGCAGCUCAUCAAGGAGAUCGGAAAGCCCCGGAACUAUGGUUUAACAGAAGAGGAAAAGGCAGAAGAGGAGAAGAAGGCUGCAGAGGAACGCCUGGCCAGGGAGGCUGCUGAGGAAGCAGAGCGUGAGCACCAGGAGGCUGUGGAGACGGCGCAGAAGAUUGCUCGCUGGGAGGAGUGGAAUAAGCGACUGGAAGAAGUGAAAAGAGAAGAAAGAGAAUUGUUGGAGGCCCAGACCGUCCCGCUGAGAAACUAUUUAAUGACCCACGUGAUGCCAACUCUCAUGCAAGGUUUGAAUGAGUGCUGUAAAGUCAGACCUGAUGAUCCUGUUGAUUUUUUGGCAGAAUAUCUCUUCAAGAACAAUCCUCAAAUGCAGUAAAACUAUAGAGAUCUUUUAUCUUGUACCUUUUAAAGAGCUGGAAUCAACCUAACAUUGUAAUCUAAAAAAUGGUUUUCAAAAUGCUUUUUCAGUGUUUCGAAACUCCUUUUUCCUCUGUAAGCAAGUAUUCCAUAAAGUAGAAACAUUAUAACAAG